AUGGAGCCAGACAGGCUGCUGAAGAAGCGGGCAGAAGUGAUUGCCAAACCACUUUCAACAAUUUACCAGCAGUCCUGUUUAACCAGGGAAGUCCCAGUUGACGUGUUAGUAAAUGUGACUCUCAUCUACAAGAAAGGCAAGAGGAAGGAUCCAGGGAAUUACAGAUCUGUCACUCUGACCUUGGUGCCAGGGAAGAUCAUGGAGCAGAUCAUCUUGAGUGCCACCUCACAGCACAAACAGGACAAUCAGGUGAUCAAAACCAGCCAGCACGGGUUUAUGAAAGGCAAAUUUUGCCUGACUAGCCUGAUCUUUUACGACAUGACCCACUUAGUGGAUAAAAGGAAAUGUGAAUGUUAUUUCCAACAGCCUUCCCUUUCUGCUUAUAUCUUGGAUGAAUGUACUGUGCAUUGGUAUUUCAGUAAUGUAAAGAGAGAAGUCAUUUUUGUAAUGAAGGAUGCAAAGAGUUCACCAGCCAUCUUCCUGAUUUUGACCUUCUUCCUUCACUACCUCUUCUGUGCCCUAACAGACCCCAUAGCAGCUCAGGCAAGUUGUCCGCAAUAUGGGGAGACCCGGGCAAAUCAAGAACCCAGUGGGGCCUGUUCCUCAGCCCAUUCGCAGGCCUACCACCAGAAGGAAGCAGUUCCACCAUCUAAUUGCCCUAGCAUGAAAUAUGACAGGACACACUAUCUGUGGCCUCCGCUAAUGGCAGAGGCUGCGGGGAAACCUGGCUGCUGCCCUCACUGCUGCGCUGAAGGAUGGUCCUCAGAGAAGUUGGAGGUCGCACCACCGUCUCCAGGACAACUGAGACAUGUGUUCUUCCACAAUGCAUUACCUUUUGUAGGGUUUGGAUUUUUGGAUAACGCAAUUAUGAUUGCUGCGGGAACCCAAAUAGAAUUGUCAAUUGGAGUUGUCCUAGGAAUCUCAACCAUGGCAGCUGCUGCUUUGGGAAACCUUGUUUCAGAUUUAGCUGGACUGGGUCUUGCAGGUUAUGUAGAAGCUUUGGCUUCACGGCUGGGUCUCUCAAUCCCUGAUCUGACACCCAAACAAGCUGACAUGUGGCAAACACGUCUUAGUGCACACUUGGGUAAAGCUAUUGGAGUGACCAUUGGCUGCAUUUUAGGAAUGUUUCCUUUGUUGUUCUUCAGUGAUGAGGAAGAAAAACUGGAAGAAAAAAAUUAACAUUUUUACAAGACGUAUACAGAUGUAAACUAAUGUACCUCAAUUACUCAAUUAUGCUGUCAAUAUUUAGGAAUUAACAGACAGUAAAAAUGUAUAGACUUGGGAACAAAACCUUCAGCAUGUCAUUUUAUGGAAACACUAAUUUAUUGUGGCUUUGUUGUGUUCAGUACUUCUUUUUAUAAGAUACCCAUUUAGCUUUCUAUUUAAUGUACAUUUUUGAAGUGUUUUCACUUAUGGCAAAUGAUGUUUACCACUUCCCCUUUUGACAUUAUUCUUUAACAGAUCAUUACUUUAAUAGUCCACCGUGGAUGACAGUAACACUCUUGAGUUGCAUAUUGGUUGCUUAACAGAUGUAAUUGCAUGACAAAAAAUUUGCAGCUGUUCAUCAGGUCCUUCAAUACAGAUUAUUAAGGAGGUCAGUUACGAGUGAUUUGAAGAUCCCUCACUUGACAAGAAGGCUGAGUGCCCCCUCACCAACUCUUGUUCUGCACUGCUUUGACAUCAGAUAUUUCAGUGAUUAGCAUCAGUCUAAUUUGCAUUCUUUAUAAUUCUGAAUCUCUGAAUUGUCAUCUGAGGUGAUCAUUUUAAUGCCCUGACCAAGGUAAGUGAUUGCAGUAUAGUAUCCUUUCCAAGUUCAUCUUUAGUGGUGUCUUAACACUGCCUUCUGUACUUCUGUAUUAAUGUCUCUUUUUUCCCUUUUUCUUCCUGGUAAACAAUAACUUGAGAAUUCAGUUGAGCUCUCCUUAAGCUUGUCUACCUGAGCUUCUCGUGUAUUAUCAAAGAGUUCAGAUUUCCUAAUUCAAAAACGCUUUUUUCUUUUUUUCUUUAAAAAAGUUCUGUUUAAAAUGAAGCGUGAAUGGCUGAUGAGGGCUGACAAGGCUGGGGAGCCUUUCAAGAUUGAAUGAGUAUUGGCAUUGCAAGUUUGUGAUGGGUGGCUUAAAUGAAACAAUAAAGUAUUCAUAUGCUGUCA